CUCUCACACUCAUUCACAGACUCAACACAAGACAGAGACCACAUAAACAACUCCCUUGUUUAUAAACACCCAAGAGACUCCUUUGACCUGCAGGUGUGAUAUACACAUUAAGAUGAGAAGGGUGAUGCUUUGAUGUGCAUCAUGAUGCUGAGGGUGGAUCAGAGUGGGAAUGAUGGAGCAGGUGGCCCCUGUGUGCUUUUUUUCCCCCUUCUAGAACUGUUCAGGAACGGGGCCAGCCAGGCAGCAGAACAAUGGGUGUAACCAUGCCUAUGGGCUUCACACCCUGUCCAGCAACACACCACACUCAUCAUGGAAACCGAUGGAAGCCUGUAGUUAUGUGGCGUACGACUCUCUCGUGGUUUUUACGUUUGUUGCGCUCAAUAGAUUUCCCCAUCGUGUGAUCUCACUGUUUAUUCCCAGGCUGACCUAUCCUCUUCUGGGACAGGUAGGAACCAGGCAGGACAGGCUGGGUGUAUUGUUGGGAUGGUGGACUCGGUGCACUGCGUGUGGGUGGGGGUGCAGCAGGGUAUUCAUCCAAGGCUGAGUGAAGAAAGGAUAAUGUGUCGCUUACCUGUGUCCUGUUUACUACGUGAUGCCCAUGAUGAGAAGGAUCCUCUUAAAGAUGUGUGUGUACAGGAGUCCCUCCAGAGCUGUGUCCUCUAUGUCCCUCUCCAUGCGCCCGUCGCGCCGAAUCCUUUCCAGAUCCAUCACUAGGAGCCAGUCCUUUGCUGGGGUCAACUCCUACGAUAAGCCCUACAGAAACCUAUCAGUGGUCAGCACCCUGGGGGUCACCAGGAAGCCCUCCAGAGUCAGCAGGAUGUUCACCCUCUCUGCUAAAUCACCACCGCCCAAGGUGCCCCAGCCUGAGAGGCUAGACGAAGUCUAUGAGGCUCUGAAGAGAGGCUUGCAGUCUUACCUGCAGGUGCACCAGAUGGAGCUGGACAGCCUGAGCCAACAGAUGAGGGAGUCCAAGAGGAACUCUCGCCUGGGGUUUCUCUAUGAGCUGGAUAAGCAAGUAAAAGUGAAUGAGAGGUUCAUGCGACGGCUUGAGUUCCAUCUAAGCAAGGUUGACGAGCUGUAUGAGGCCUACUGUAUGCAGCGCCGGCUGAGGGAUGGGGCCAAUAAAAUGGUGAAGGCUUACACAGACUCCCAGGGCAGCCGCGAGGCCAGAGAGAGCCUCUCGGAGGCCAACAAGGGCUACAAAGAGUACACAGAGAACAUGUGCAUGUUGGAGAGCGAGCUGGAAAACCACCUGGGAGAGUUCCAUGUGAAAAUGAAGGGUCUAGCAGGGUUCGCACGGCUCUGUGCUGGAGACACAUAUGAGAUCUUUAUGAAGUAUGGGCGGCAGCGCUGGAAGCUGAGGGGAAGGAUUGAGAUCAACUGCAAGCAGGUGUGGGACAGCGAGGAUAUGGUCUUCCUGCCUCUCAUCACAGAGUUCCUAUCAAUAAAGGUGACAGAGCUGAAGAGCCUGGCCAAUCACGUGGUGGUGGGAAACGUGUCAUGUGAGACCAAGGACCUGUUUGCUGCUCUACCCCAGACGGUGGCAGUGGACAUCAAUGACCUGGGGACCAUCAAACUGAGCUUGGAGGUCACCUGGAACCCCUUCGACAAGGAUGACCAAGCUUCGACCGCCAGCACAGUCAACAAACCCCCCACGGUGAACAAACGCUUCUCCACCUACAACCAGAGUCCUCCUGAUACCCCCUCCCUACGGGAACAGGCCUUCUAUAAUAUGCUGAGGAGGCAGGAAGAUAUGGAGAAUGGCACAGCAUGGUCUAACUCCUCUGAGUCAUCAGAUGACUCAUCCAGCCCUCAACUCUCCCUGGGGCUGCGUCACGCCAACAAGAACCUGAUCCAGCCAGAGGUCAAGGCCGCCACACCCUCCAUUGAAAUCUCCUUUGCCCUCCGAGACACUGCCACCUCCACCCCUACCCGCUUAGCCAAACCGGAGGAUGUGCAGGAGGAGACACAGAAGGAGGAGUCAGACAUUGGGGCAGCGGGGAAAGAUGAGGCUUCUGGGAAACAGGCAGUGCCUAAUGGCCACGCCCGCUACUCACGCUCACUCAGCCAUAUCAGUGAGAACAGUGCCGAUGGCGUACUGAUAGACAGGUCAACCAGCGAAUUUGUGGAGCCCUCUGAGGUCACCUCCCUGCAGUCUGGGAUCUGUAUAAACGAUAUUGAGAUGGUGAUGCCUGCCAGGGCAGAGUGGGCCCUUAUCCCAGGAGAGACUGUGGCGGUCAGAGACCCCCCUGAGCAACCCGCCCCAACUACUGUGCCCUUGGAGGAGAGCAGGCCGGAGAGCAGGUAUUCUGCAGUGUCUAUAGAGUCAGACACAGGGUUAGAGGUUGUUUCAGGGGCUGUUUCAGAAGUAGAGCCAGAACUCCAGAGCUCUGCACCCACUAGGACUGAUGCAAUGUAUCAGCAAGGUGCCUCUCUGAAUCCCAGACCAGACUCACAAGCACAGACUCGGAGCACAGACGGCAUAUCAUACAGUGCCUACAGGGCAGUGGUGGUGGAGACCAAGAAGCCUGAGGCUGUAGUAGAGGCCAAGCCCACAGAGGGUGAGAAGCAGCAGGCUGUGGACAGUGGAAUUGAGGAAGCCCUGAGUGCAGUCAUCUCCUCUCUGGAUGACUACAGGGGACAGUUUCCUGAGUUACAGGUCCUGGAGCAGGAGUUACAACUACUGGAGGAGACAUUAACAUGUGUUCUGAAGGGCCGCACCUGCAGUCGUUCGUCCAGUGUCCAGAGUCUGACGGUGGAGACAGCCCUGGGCAGCUUUGACUUUCUCAACACCUCAGACCUGGAGGAUGAACAUGAGGAGAACUGGGAGAAGAGGAGUGUGACGGACAGUGAGCACCACAGUGCCCCUGGCAGGCCAUCAGAGGAGAGGGCAGGGAGAGAUGACGACUGUGAGAAGAGAUGCUGGGAGUCCCCCUCCUUUGGACCUGUGAGCACUGGCUGCCAGGCUCUAGACCACGCCCUACUGGUUCAUCUGAAGAAUUGCAGCGCCCAACUUCUGAGGCUGGGGACCUUUGGGCCUCUGCGCUGUGGGGAGAUGUAUGCUCUGGACCGCCUACUCAGGGAGGCCCGCGUCCUCGAGCUUAUCAGACACGUUGCCAAGGAGACCCCUGGAGGAGCCACUCAGGCAGAUGAGGUUGUUCCCCAGUUAGAACAGUGCCAUGGGGCAACAUUGCUAUGGCAGCAGUGUACAGACAAUGGCAGUGUGUACAGCACCUCCACAGAGGCUUUCCUCACAGCACUGGCCGCUGCUUACACCAACAGACUGCCCGAGAGAGGAGCCAGCCUGGCAGACACAGUGUUCUUGCGUCUGGUGGAGAGGAUUCUGGAGAGGAGGCUGCCCAAGCGUGGGGGCGGGGCAGCCAGAGAGAUGCUGACUCUCUUCCAGUUCUGGAGCUACCUGGAGGCAGAGGGAGUGAGCGAGCUGGACACACACAUCACUGAACUGGCAGAGGAGGUCUGGCUGGUUCAGAGCCUGCAGUCAGGAGACCAGGAGGUGCUGGUGAAGGCCCUGAAGAGGCCACCAGAGAACAGCCUGAAGAGGGAGGGGAUGCAUGCUGUCAGCCUGCUGCUCAGGGACCCGCGGGGGAAGGUGUCUGCCUCAGCUAGCUCCCUGCUCCGGAGCCUCGCCAACCAACCACGCCAUCGAGAGAGGGCCCUGGUAAGCUGUCUGGAGCUUUUGGAGAAUGAAAGCAUGGAGACGAGAGUGUGUGGCUGUAAAGCACUUGCAUGUCUGAAGGCCAAAGAGAGCAUCGACCAGCUGGUCUAUCUCUGUCGAUCGGACAAGGAGGACGUGAGGGAUGCUGCCAAACAAGCUUUGUUGGUGCUUGGUGAGGAGGGGAAGUUGGCCCACAGACACGUUGAGACAUCUCUGCAGGAAGGAGUUCCACGUCUCUUCUCCCCUGGCAGCAUGGCCAGCACCGCCUUUUAACGCCACCACAAAGGAAUACUGAUACCGUCAUGCUAAUGUCAACACACUAUUACAGAGCCAUUAUCAUGCCACACACACACAUCAAAAUAUACACUGUAAAAGAGGGUGCAAUACACCGAUGCAAAAAGGUUGCUGUCACAUGCGCUCACUAACAAUGGGAUGACAUCUACAGCUUGACAUAAAGUCAGUGAACUAAACUCAAAUAUUACCAACCUGUGUGUAAAUAAGUGACAACUACUCAUGAACUGUGGAUUUGUAGACACGAUGAAGAGGGGUGGAAAGUGUUUUACUGCCUUACAGUACAUUUUGGCCUGGUGGUGUUGCCUUCUGAAUCAUGUAUGCACAGCUAGGAUGAUGAAUGGAUAGAAGGACACACCAGUCAUUGUGUCAGAUCAUUGCAUGGAUAGGACAGUGGGAAAGUAACAGGUUGACUUUUCAGGGGAAAUCCACUUUUGAUCUGCUGUAUUUGUAAUGAAGCUGGUUUUCUGAUGGUCUGUGCGGAGAAUGUCAGUGUGUGGAGAAUGUCAGUGUGUGGAAGGAGUAAUGAAGUAAGUCAUGGGGGUGGAAGGGAUUUGGUUGUUCCUCAGGAGAUGAUGGUGGUGCAGUUCCACAUUCUUGGACCACAGUCUGAUGAAGUCUGGAAAAAGUUAUUACAGUGCCAUCAUUCCAUACUAUCAUUCUAUGCUUUAUGUAAAUAUAUUCCACUGGAAGUGUGCAUGUUAUAUAAUUGUGUUGUAAUUCACUUGCUAUUGUUGAAACAGUCUACUGUAGGUAAAUUCAUCGUGCACUUCCUGAGACUUGUGCCACUGGCGAUAUAACUGAAGAUUAUUUCAGCUGUAUGGGUGGUUAAGUACUUUUAUUAUUGUCAUUAUUAUUGAAAACUUAAAACUGUUGUGGACUUUGCCUUUUUGGAGCAGAAAACUUCUCACUGAAACAGACAACCAAACUGCUUGUGCUGUGUGGAAUGUAUAGUGUGGAAUCAGGGUAGGAUGAGAACCUGCAUUCAUUCUAUAUUAUUUACUUUGUAGGGUCAUCAGUUAUUCAGAGGAGGCUGGUGUAAGGAGUUAUAGGAGGACAGGCUCAUUAGAAUGGCAUAUAUGGAACCGAGUCAAACGUGGUCUCCAUAUGUGUGAUGCCGUUCCAGUUAUUACAGCCAUCACAAUGAACCCGUCCACCUAUAGCUCCUCCCACCAGCCUCCUCUGGUUUUAUUGUACAGGAGUUAAUAACAAUGGACAACUUAAAAAGCUUCUUCAGUGUAUAAGUGCCUCAAGUAAUGAGACAUGAGAUGAAAUACUUUAAUGAAGAGAUGCAGUGCUAAUACAAACAAUGCAGAAAAGUAUAUUUUCCUUAUGACUCAAAUUGUGCAGCAAAAUAAGUGAUUUUCUUUAGAUAUCUUUUUUCUAUAAAAGUAUAUUGACUGGCAAAUAAAUAUCUUGCCUGGCAUCAAAUGUAAACAAAUUAAUAAAAUUGUGUUCAAAAAUG